AGAGGGAGGAAAAAGAAGGAAGAAAAGCAGCUUCCCCAGGGCCCAUUGCUUGUCUCCUCAGUAAUACCCAUGAAUGAUGUGAUUUUCAUCUUUUUCUCCAUUUGUGCUCUCUCUCUCUCUCCCUCUCUCUCUCUCUCUCUCGUCUCUCGCCUUCCAUCUCUCUCCUUCCAUUUUUUGGCCAUAAAAUUGCCCCAAAAGAAUAAAACUUUCGGGUAAUUAAUCAUGUCGUCGACCGAAAUCCAGAGAAAUAUAGCCGAAGGAUCAUCUCGAUCGGUCAUUGACCAGCCGGCGCUGCCGGCGCCGGCACCGCUGAGCCGCUACGAGUCCCAGAAGCGACGCGACUGGAACACCUUCGGACAGUACCUGCGGAACCAGAAGCCGCCGGUCGCGCUCUCGCAGUGCAAUUGCAACCAUGUGCUCGAGUUCCUCCGCUACCUCGACCAGUUCGGGAAGACCAAGGUCCACCUGCAUGGGUGCGUCUUCUUUGGGCAGCGCGAGCCACCCGCCCCUUGCACGUGCCCGCUGAGGCAGGCAUGGGGCAGCCUCGACGCGCUGAUCGGGCGGCUAAGGGCGGCCUACGAGGAGAACGGCGGGGCCCCGGAGAACAACCCGUUCGGGAACGGGGCUAUCCGCGUGUACCUGAGGGAAGUGAAGGAGUGCCAGGCUAAGGCCAGAGGGAUUCCAUACAAGAAGAAGAAGAAGAGGAAGAAUCAGAUCAAGAUGAGCGAUGAAGCCAAGCAAUCAAAACUUUCUUAGUGGCGGCAGCAUCUCGGGCUUCAACUUCUCCAUGGAAGAUAACUCAAACCUGGUAAGCUGCUGGAUUGGACGGACGUCGAAGACCAGAACACUCUUGGACAGAGCAUCUCGAGUUAGAUAUAGACUUUGAUAAUCCCUAGGAAUGCUUAAAUAUAUGUAAGCUUCUAUUUAUCGUGAAAAUUGCAUAGACAUCAUGCAUGAUCGUAUAGAGCAACAUAUAACCCGACAACCUCUUUCUUUAAAGUAAUUACUGUACUUAUGUAUUCAUACAAGUAUUUCCGGACUACGUAGUCGUCUUCUGUGUCCUGGAAGAAAUAAGACCUGCAAUAACUUCUCUCUCUUUCCUUCUCUUGUGUAUGAAUUUUCAAAGAGUUGGACAA